UUGGCGAGCGUAAAGUUGUCCAUUCGGAUCACAGAUCUCAUGGCACGAGAAUAGCGUUGUUUAGACGAGCAACUUGUUUUCCGAAGCCGAGGAAAAAAGAAGUAGAAUUAUUUUUGGGAGCAAAAAUUCAUGACAAGUAUCUCUGGCGAUUUAAUUUCAUUGUCGACUUACCGAGCAAAAUGAAUGAAGCCAAUGAAUUGCCACCAGGAACAGCAUCGCUACUCGAAGAACUCGAAAAAAAACUUAUGGUUUUAUUGAGAGACGGCAGAACAUUAAUUGGAUAUCUUAAAAGUGUCGAUCAAUUUGCUAAUAUAGUACUUCAAAGUACCAUUGAAAGAAUUCAUGUCGGUCAAGAGUAUGGUGACAUUCCAAGAGGUAUUUUCAUAGUGAGAGGAGAGAAUGUUGUACUUUUAGGAGAAAUAGAUAUAGAAAAGGAAAAAGUCCUACCCUUAAAAAAAGUGACGGUGGAUGAAAUUUUGGAUGCUCAAAGACGUGAACAAGAAUCAAAGCAAGAACAGAAAAAACGAAUGAAUAAAGCUUUGAAAGAGCGAGGUUUUUCAUAUAUACCUGAUUUAAGUCACGAUGACAUGUAUUGAUAUAGUGUUGUUAUACUUUUUUUUGUAUCAUCUCUAAUUAUUUCAUGUUAAUUAAAUGUAACUACUACAUGAGAU